UCUCUCUCUCUCUCUCUGCUUCCAUGUCUACCCUCGCAACCUCUACGAAGAAAUGGGCGAGAAAAUCCGGGACAGCCAUUCACGCCGCCCUAUCUUUACUCAUCUUCUUCUUCCUCGACCUCACCGACGCGAUACUCUGCUUCGUUUACGAGCUCCUCGACGAGAUUUUGGAGGGAAACUCCCUAAGCUGUUACUGCAACGCGUCUCCUCAUACCACCGGUGAAAAUGAGGUCUCAGAGACUUUAUUCAAGAGGAGAAACGUUUUCCGAGAAAUGGGUUUUCUCGGGUUAACGAGAAAGUUGAAGCUUUUCAAGAGAAUGGUAAAGUCUAAGAAGAAUAGAUGGUCAGAUUGUGGAUGUCUUACUUGCAACUCGUGGACGAAGAAAGAAGAUGGGAAUCUUCACGUCGUAGUCAAAGAUUCAUCUCCUCAAACUCAAGAGGACUCUGUUCAAGAACCGUUGGAGAAUGUUAUAUUCAUACACGGUUUCAUGGGCUCAUCGUAUUUCUGGACAGAGACUGUGUUCGAACACUUUGAGGAAGAUCGUUACAGGCUCUUUGCUGUCGAUCUUUUGGGGUUCGGGGAAAGUCCUAAGCCAAGAGAUAGUCUCUAUACGUUGAGAGAUCAUGUAGAAGCGAUAGAGAGGUCUGUCAUUAAGCCUUACCAGUUAGGUUCAUUUCAUCUGGUUGCACAUUCUAUGGGGUGCUUGAUUUCUCUUGCUUUGGCUGCUAAACACUCAACCAUUGUUAGAUCAGUUACUGUUGUCGCACCGCCUUAUUUUCCUUCAUCACUUGAAGAAUCGGUCUUGACUCGAAUCGCUGGAAAGCGACUCUGGCCGCCACUAGCGUUUGGUACUGCGGUCAUGUCGUGGUAUGAACAUGUUGGUAGAUGUGUUUGUUUCAUAGUCUGCAAGCAUCACAACAUUUGGGAAUGGCUCAUCAAGCUAUGUACUGGUAAAAGGGAGAUUCCUUGGAAGAUAAAGGAUAUAACAAGACACACACAUCACUCAGCAUGGCAUAGCAUGCACAAUGUGAUCUGCGGUGGGUCCAAAUUCGCGGAUAAACAUCUUGAAACUCUUAUAAACUCUGGUGUGAAGAUUCACUUGAUGCAAGGCGACCGUGAUGAGAUCGUUCCUUUGCACUGCUCUAGUGACAUGAAGAGGAAUUUUCCGGCGGUGGAAGUUGAGAUUGUUGUUGGUGCUGAUCAUGAGAGUGUUAUAGGCGGAAGAAGAGAAGAGUUUGUUGAGAAGUUGAAAAGCAUUUGGAGCUCAUGUAGUGAAGGUUCUAUUGCUACAAAACAAUACAAAAAACCAAAAUUCUAAUGUGCUGAUUCUUUUUCUUUUCUUUGACUUGAAGGGAUGGGUACAAAACUAGGAACAUAAAGCUAGGUGAGGUCACAGAUCAAGCAAAGAAUCAAUCGGAAUCCUCCCCUCAGAAUGUAGAUGCAAGCUUCCCCCAAUUUCAUCACAGAGUACACACAAUAAUCCCUUUCUAAUCGAUGAAGUAACUCGGCUGAGUGACAGAAUAUACAUUAUCUUGUAGUCCAGGGAAAUUAGUUACAGAAAUCUUCAUUAACAAUUUAGCAUACUUCACAACACAUCAUAUUCUUUAUCCUACUAGUCUUAUGCUUACUUUAGAGCC